AUGCCUGCCAUGCUGGAGGACAAGUCAAAACAGUACGAAUCCCUGCUAGUCGCGCUGUCCUCCGGCGCAGCCUACUACGUGGCUGUUUGGAUCACCUACCCCACCAGCGCGGCGCAUAUCAAUCCCAUAGUCUCCUUUUGCGUUUUUAUGAAUCGCAAGAUCCGGAUCGGUCACCUAAUCAUCUAUUGGAGUGCUCAGAUGCUGGGAUGCAUAGUCUCCACCAAGAUGGCUCUCUUUCUGGCGCCCUACCUGAAAUCCGAUGUGAAGAACUGCAUGACAAUGCCCGCGCCGAAUGUCUCGGACGCGCAGGCUCUCUGUCUGGAACUGGUCAUCGCUUUCACCUUCAUUCUGGUCUACCUGUCCACCAUCGACGAUGAACGGCCGGAGAACUGGGCGCUGUCCAGCGGAGUGAAUAUGGCUCUCGCCCUCAUGCUGAUCUACAUCAGCAAUCUCAUGGUUUCGAUGUUUGUUGUCGGACCCCUGACUGGGGCUGUGGCUGCAGUUAUCGUUUACGAUCUCCUUCUGAUGAAUGUUCCAGUGGAUGACAUGAUGUAA